GUCCGAACGUCAUCAAUUUCAUCAUCAAGACCGAGCGCACCGCAACGAGGAAUAUAAUUUGAAUCAUUGACCUCAGCUUACUCCGUAAUCCAUCUCCAAUGCUCCGAAAUAUCUUCAUCCGUAGCGAACUGCGUACAGCUCUUGCAACAUGUCUUCAUUCACUCAGCCGAUGCCAGUAGUUGCCUGCGGCAGAAUACCCGCAAUGGGGAAAUCAAUCUCCCAGCACCUGCUGCCUGAAUAUGAAGUUAUCCACUUCAUCCUGUCAUAUGAGGCUGCAGACGCUGAGCUCCCGCAUCUGCUUGCAGGUCACGAUCCUCAGUCUCGGAGCCCCAAUGAGAUCGGAACCCACGAUUACAGCCGGCUGCCUCGCGCGGUAAUCUUCGGUCGCGGCUAUGAGCCUCAGCAGGUUGAAGAGCUUAAGAAGAAAUUCGCGGGUGUUGCUAAAGAACCUGUUGCUUGGGUGAGGGGGAACCCAGCGCAAUUGCCUGCCGGGACCGCUGGGCCUGACUAUGCUCAGAAUGUCGCGGCGGAUAUGAAGAAGGUGCUUAAUAAAUGGAGGGACGAGGGAGAAAAAGAUGAGGAGAUUUUGGUGUACUAGUUGCUUUUAGACGCUAUUCAUUCUCCAAUGGAAGCUCUGGUAUACGGAAUUUCAUAGAGUAGGAGUUCCUCAUCUGUGACAAAGGUCGAGGCAUGCCUAGUUAAGGCGGGGGCAUGAAAGGUCUCAGAAGCCCUUUCAAUUCGACAUCUUUUGUAAUUUCCUACGCCACAGUUGCCCUCAAUCAAUUUUUUCCCAU